UCCCGGAAAACUCCGAACAUACCCGAAGUCGUCCGACGGAAACACCCGAAUUGUAACACCAGUCCCAGUUCAUCAUGGCUGCCGUAUGUGCUAGUCUGCACAGUAACGCUCUGCUCGGAGACUGACUCUCCGCUCCUUUAGUGCCUCACAUUUACUGUCUCCAGCCUCGACAUCUCGGUAAACAAUCCCGCUUGCAUGAGCCCAAAUCUCCCUGGCUGUGUUGUCUCAUAAUAGCGAGCCUUCAUCAAGCAUUUCGUCGGGCCUUAAACACCCCCUUAAAAAGACAGAGAGCAAAACAGGCAACAUUUUAUUCCUCCAAUGGUCUGAAUACACUUUCCGCCUUUAUGAACCAUGUGUGAAAACUGCGCCGAGCUGCUGGAGGUGCUCAAUGAGAUCUCGGAUGCAGACAGCUCAGACGGCCUGCAGCUGAAGAAGGAGCAUGCCUUAAGAGUCUUCACUUACAUCAGCACAUGGACACAGAGGCAGUGUCUGUGCUGUUUCAAGGAAUACAAACACCUCGAGGUGUUCAGCCAACUGGUUUAUGCCCUCAUUAACUUGGUUAUCGCCCAAGUAACCAACCUUAGGGACCGUCUACACAGUGGCCAUGGCAACACUAGGACUGAGGGGGCGGAGUCUGAAUGGGGCUCCGCCCAGCCACAGCCGUCGCCCUGUGAGGACGAGCCACUGAAUGUGGAACGGGACUCUGCUGAAGAAGAUGGUGGCGUGGAGGAUGGAGAUCAGCACAAGAACCAAAAUCAGGGGGUCAAACCGGAUCCCCCGCCCAAGCUCAGUGAACCCACGGCGGGCGGGAAUGAGAGCAGCCUGGACCCGUUUGCAUCCUGGAGCACAGAAGACCAGGAGAAACUGCUGCUGUGCGCUGCCAAGAUCUUUCAGAUCCAGUUCCCCCUGUACACGGCCUACAAACACAACACACACCCCACUAUAGAGGAUAUCUCCGCACAAGAGAGCAAUAUCCUCGGCUCUUUCUGUGAUAUGAAUGAUGUGGAGGUCCCUCUGCACCUGCUGCGGUAUGUGUGUAUGUUCUGCGGGAAGCACGGCCUCUCUCUGAUGAAGGACUGCUUUGAGUUCGGCGCUCCUGACACUCUCCCCUUCCCCAUCGCACAUGCCUUCAUCACCAUCGUCUCUAACAUCAGAAUAUGGUUGCACAUUCCCGCUGUGAUGCAGCACAUCAUCCCUUUUCGCUCUUUCGUUAUCAGGUAUCUGUGUAAUUUGUCGGAUCAGGAGCUGCGUCAGAGCGCGGCGCGAAACAUGGCCGACCUGAUGUGGAGCACGGUGAAGGAGCCGUUGGACAGCGCACUGUGUUUCGACAGAGAGAGUCUGGAUCUGGCCUUCAAAUACUUCAUGAGUCCGACGCUCACCAUGAGACUGGCCGGCCUGAGCCAGAUCACGAAUCAGCUGCACACCUUCAAUGACGUCUGUAAUAACGAGUCCCUGGUGUCUGACACAGAGACGUCGAUAGCAAAAGAGCUGGCUGACUGGCUCAUUAACAACAAUGUUGUGGAGCACAUAUUUGGACCAAAUUUGCACAUUGAGAUCAUUAAACAGUGCCAAGUGAUCCUGAACUUCCUGGCAGCCGAGGGCAGGCUGAGCACUCAACAUGUGGACUGUAUAUGGGUCGCCGCUCAGCUGAAACACUGCAGUCGCUACAUCCAUGACCUGUUCCCCUCGCUCAUAAAGAACCUGGACCCUGUUCCUCUGCGGCACGUGCUCAGUCUGGUGUCAGGGUUACACCCCAGCGCACACACUGAACAGACGCUGUAUUUGGCGUCCAUGCUGAUCAAGGCCUUGUGGAAUAACGCUCUGGCAGCCAAAACUCAGCUGUCCAAACAGAGCUCCUUCGCCUCCCUGCUCAACUCAAACAUUCCCAUGGGCAACAAGAAAGGUUCUCCUGCAGGAAGCCCGGAGAGCAGUGACAACAGUGACACGCAUCACAGUGGAGGAAGUGACAUGGAGAUGGACGAGCCAAUCAUGAGCAGUGGAAAACGAGGGCAGCAGAGGCUUUCCGACACGGAGGAGUCUCUGCAGGGCAGCUCUGACGAGACGGGCAACAGCGGCGAGGAGGGCAGCAGCAGCGGCCGCAGCGAGGCGUCCAGCAACGAGGCAGGAUCCAGCCGAGCCAGCCAAUCAGCAGGCAGCCCGGGCAGCGAGCUGCACUCCGACGACAUGGCUGACAGCGAGGCCCUGAAGGAAGAGGAAGAGGAGGAGGAAGAAGAAGAGGACGACGAGGAGGAUGAUGAAGACGAUGAUGAGGAUGAUGAAGACGACAGGCCCGCCAUCGCCUCCGAGGAAACCCGAGACUCCCGAGAGCCGUCUACAUCAGAGCUACGCAAACGCAAAGCUGGCGAAGCGCUCGGAGAGGUCCAGGGUCCUCCGGAGCGACCCGGAAUUCCUCCCGGCUCCAUCACCUCCGCUCCAGGACUUUCCAAAACCAAAUCUAUUCCCUUCACCCCCGAGGCAGCCGCUGCCCUGGUAGCCUCGUCUUCCCUUAGGAUCCUCGAGCCUUGCUCUUCUUCAUCCGUGUGCCUGGAGGGAACGUCGGGAGAGCAGGCUGAUCCCUCCUCACAUUCCCAAUCCCAGAAGCCCCAGCAGCCACAGGAGGGCGGCACAGAGAUGGGCUCCUCACACGGAGCUUCUGUUUCCCAGGAGCCACCCUGCAUGCCUCGACCGACAGACUUCCUGACGGAGGCCAUGGGCAACGAACUCUUCAACUGCAGACGUUUCAUCAGCCCUCAGCAUCACCAUCAUCACCAGAAUCACCAUCAUCACCAUCAUCACCACCACCACCACCAUGAUGGUCACAUGGUAGAGGACAUGCUGAGUGCCGAUGACGUGAGCUGCAGCAGCUCCCAAGUCAGCGCCAAAUCCGAGAAGAACAUGGCGGAUUUUGACGGAGAGGAGUCCGGCUGCGAGGAGGAGCUGGUCCAGAUCAACUCGCACGCAGAGCUCAGCUCGCACCUGCAGCAACACCUCCCUAACCUGGCAUCCAUAUACCACGAACAUCUGGUACAAGGUCCAGCAGUGCACAAGCAUCAGUACUCUGCACACGCGGUGACCGACAUCAACCUGGACAACGUCUGCAAGAAAGGAAACACCCUUCUGUGGGACCUGGUCCAGGAUGACAAUGCGAUCCACCUGUCGGAAGGCUUGAUCAAUGAGGCCGAGAAGCUGUUGUGUUCUCUGGUCUGCUGGUUCACUGACCGUCAGAUCCGCAUGCGUUUCAUCGAGGGCUGCCUGGAGAACCUGGCCAAUCACCGGUCAGUGGUGGUCUCUUUGCGUUUGCUACCGAAGCUCUUCGGGACCUUCCAGCAGUUCGGCUCCAGCUACGACACUCAUUGGAUUACCAUGUGGGCGGAAAAAGAGCUGCACAUGAUGAAGCUCUUUUUUGAUGAUCUGUUACACUAUAUCCAGGAAGUGAGAGAGCAGCGCCACAAAUUCGCUUUGUACAGUCACAGUGCAGAGGUGCAGGUGCGUCUGCAGUUCCUCACCUGUGUGUUCUCAACGCUUGGAUCACCUGACCACUUCAGGUUGAGUCUGGAGCAGGUGGACAUCCUGUGGCACUGUUUAGUGGAGGACUCGGAGUGUUACGACGAUGCUCUGCACUGGUUCCUGAACCAGGUCCGCAGUAAAGACCAGCACGCCAUGGGCAUGGAGACAUACAAACACCUCUUCCUGGAGAAGAUGCCUCAGCUGAAGCCGGAGACGAUCAGCAUGACGGGACUCAAUUUGUUUCAGCAUCUGUGUAACCUGGCUCGUCUGGCCACCAGCGCCUACGACAGCAGCUCCAACUGCGAGUUGUGUGGUAUGGAUCAGCUGUGGGGAAUCGCGCUGAGGGCUCAGUCUGCAGACAUCAGUCGCGCUGCCAUCCAGUACAUCAACUCCUAUUACAUCGGGGUGUGUGUGACCGCAGGUAAAACGGGUCUGGAGAAGGAGCAGGAGUUCAUCAGUAAGUGUAUGGAGAGCUUGAUGAUGGCGUCUGCUAACCUGGAGAAAGACGCCCACUCCAGCCUGACCGUCAUCGAGAGAGGACUGCUGCUGCUCAAAACACACCUGGAGGCCUUCAGACGCAGGUUUGCUUAUCACCUGCGGCAGUGGCAGAUCGAGGGCACGGGCAUCAGCAGUCAUCUGAAAGCUCUCAGUGAUAAACAGUCUCUCCCGCUCAGGAUCGUGUGUCAGCCAGCAGGACUUCCUGACAAGGUGCGCCUUCAUCAUCUUCAUCUUCCUCAUCACUGGCGUCUGCUCAGGCUGAGUUUAAUAAAGCCCUCUGUGUCUGUGCAGAUGACCAUCGAGAUGUACCCCAGUGAUCAGGUGGCUGAUCUGAGGGCAGAGGUCACGCACUGGUACGAGAACCUACAGAAGGAUCAGCUCAGCCAGCAGGCACAGCUGCAGGAGUUCGGUCAGACCAGCCGCCAGCAGGACUUCCCAGGUGGUCUGAUGGGUCCCGUGCGCAUGAUCUCAUCCGGACACGAGCUGACCACGGACUAUGAUGAGAAGACCCUUCAUGAGCUCGGCUUCAAGGACAUGCAGAUGGUGUUUGUGUCUCUGGGCGCUCCGCGGAGGGAGAGGAAGGGCGAGGGAGUCCAGCUGCCAGCCUCGUGUCUGCCGCCCCCUCAGAAGGAGCACAUCCCCAUGCUACUGCUCCUGCAGGAGCCCCACCUCACCACCCUCUUCGACCUGCUGGAGAUGCUGGCCUGCUUCAAACCGCCCGGCCCCGACAGACCCCAGCACAGCACUGAGAGUGUUCGCUGUGAGGAGCUGCACCUCCACGCAGAGAAUCUGUCCCGUCGUGUGUGGGAGCUGCUCAUGCUGCUGCCCACGUGUCCCAGCAUGCUCCAGGCCUUCCAGAACAUCUCCGAUGACACGGGAUCUGACGGUUUGUGCUGGAAGGAUCUGCUGAGGAUCAAGAGCCCUCAUAAGCUGCUCUACGCUUUAGAAAUCAUAGAGGCCCUCGGCAAACCCAACCGCAGGAUUCACCGCGAGUCUACGGGCAGUUACAGUGAUCUGUAUCCAGACUCUGACGACUCCAGUGAGGAACAGAUCGAGAACAGCAAGAACACCUGGAGCUGUAAGUUUGUGUCAUCUGGAGGUCUUCAGCUUCUGCUGGACAUUUUUAACUCUGCUAUUUUAGAGCCGAAAGAACAAGAGUCCUGGACUGUGUGGCUGCUGGACUGUCUCGCGUGUCUGCUCAAGCUCGUUUGUCAGUUCGCGGUGGAUCCGGCCGAUCUGGACCUGGCUUAUCAUGACGUUUUCGCCUGGUCUGGUCUCACGGACUCACAGAGGAAGAGGGCGUGGCCGGGGAAGUCCCGCAAAACCGCCGGGGAUCAUGGGAAGGGCCUGCAUAUACCUCGUCUCACAGAGGUUUUUUUAAGUCUUGUGCAAGGCACCAAUCUCAUCCAGCGGCUCAUCAACGUGGCCUACACCUACGACAAUCUGGCGCACAGGGUUUUGAAGGCCCAAUCAGAUCACAGAUCCAGACACGAGGUGACUCAUUACUCCAUGUGGCUGCUGGUGAGCUGGGCUCACUGCUGUUCUCUGGUGAAGUCCAGUCUGGCUGAUAGUGAACAUCUGCACGACUGGCUCAAGAAGCUCACGCUGCUCAUCCCCGAGACGGCGGUGCGUCAGGAGGCGUGCAGUGGUCUGUAUAAGCUGUCUCUGUCAGGUCUGGAGGGAGGAGAAUCCAUCAACAGAUCCUUCCUGCUGCUCGCUGCGUCCACACUGCUCAAGUUCCUGCCAGACGCACAAGCACUGAAACCCCCGAGACUGGAGGACUUUGAGGAGGAGGCCAUGUUUCACACCGGCUGUAAGGAGUAUUUCUGGCUGCUGUGUAAACUCAUCGACAACAUCCAUGUGAAAGACACCAGUCAGACCACCCUGCUGGACCUGGACGCCCUGGCGCGACACCUGGCCGACUGCAUCCGCAGUCGUGAGAUUUUGGACCAGCAGGACGGGGCGAUCGAGGACGACGGUCUGACGGGUCUCCUGCGUCUCGCCACCAGCGUCCUGAAGCACAAGCCUCCCUUUAAGUUUUCUCGAGAGGGUCAGGAGUUCCUCAGGGACACGUAUGAUCUGCUGUUCCUCCUGCCCAGCCUGAAGGACCGCCAGCAGCCCAAAUGCAAGAGUCCCGCGGCCCGCGCCGCAGCCUACGACCUGCUGGUGGAGGUGGUCAAGGGUUCGGUGGAGAACUACAGACUGCUGCACAACUGGGUCAUGUCCCAGCACAUGCAGGCGUCUCAUGCUCCGUAUAAGUGGGAUUACUGGCCCCAUGAUGAUGUCAGAGCCGAGUGCCGUUUCGUGGGCUUGACUAACCUGGGCGCCACGUGUUACCUGGCCUCCACCAUCCAGCAGCUCUACAUGAUCCCCGAGGCCAGACAGGCCGUCUUUACCUCUAAAUAUUCAGAGGACAUCAAGCAUAAGACCACGUUGCUGGAGCUGCAGAAGAUGUUCACUUAUCUAAUGGAGAGCGAGAGGAAGGCGUACAACCCUCGUCCCUUCUGUAAGACCUACACGAUGGACAAACAGCCUCUGAACACAGGAGAGCAGAAAGACAUGACCGAGUUCUUCACAGACCUCAUCACCAAGAUAGAGGAGAUGUCCCAGGGCCUGAAAAACACUGUUAAAACGCUGUUUGGAGGCGUCAUCACCAACAAUGUGGUUUCACUGGACUGUGAUCACGUGAGUCAGACGGCGGAGGAGUUUUACACCGUCAGAUGUCAGGUGGCUGAUAUGAAGAACAUCUACGAGUCUCUGGACGAGGUGACCAUUAAGGACACUCUGGAGGGUGAUAACAUGUACACCUGCUCUCAGUGUGGGAAGAAGGUCCGCGCUGAAAAACGAGCUUGUUUUAAGAAGCUCCCGCGGAUCUUGAGCUUUAACACCAUGCGCUACACGUUCAACAUGGUGACCAUGAUGAAGGAAAAAGUGAACACGCACUUUUCUUUCCCGCUGCGGCUCGACAUGACGCCGUACACCGAGGACUUCCUCAUGGCCAAAGGAGACCGGAAGGAAGGUUUCCUUGAUGACAGUGAUGCUAAAGUGGCGGAGAGUUACGAGUAUGACCUCAUCGGUGUGACGGUGCACACGGGCACGGCGGACGGCGGCCAUUAUUACAGCUUCAUCCGGGACAUCGUCAACCCUCACGCUUACCGCAAUAACAGAUGGUAUCUGUUUAACGAUGCAGAGGUGAAGUCGUUUGAUUCGGCCCAGCUGGCCUCGGAGUGUUUUGGUGGAGAGAUGACAACAAAAACAUAUGACUCUGUCACAGACAAGUUCAUGGAUUUCUCCUUUGAGAAGACCCACAGUGCCUACAUGCUGUUUUACAAGAGAGUGGAGGAGGAGAAUGAGAAGGACUUGACCUUUGACAUCUCUCCUGACCUUCUGGAGUGGAUCUGGCACGACAACAUGCAGUUUCUCCAGGACAAGAACAUCUUUGAACACACAUACUUCGGUUUUAUGUGGCAGCUGUGCAGCAGUAUUCCCAGCACUUUACCCGAUCCUAAAUCCGUGUCGCUCAUGACGGCUAAACUCAGCACAUCGUUUGUUCUGGAGACAUUCAUCCACUCCAAAGAAAAGCCCACAAUGCUGCAGUGGAUUGAACUCUUGACCAAACAGUUUAACAAUAGCCAAGCUGCCUGCGAGUGGUUUUUGGAUCAGAUGGCAGAUGAUAACUGGUGGCCAAUGCAGAUUCUCAUCAAGUGUCCCAAUCAGAUUGUACGUCAGAUGUUUCAGCGGUUGUGUAUUCACGUGAUCCAGCGGCUCAGACCGGUCCACGCUCACCUGUACCUGCAGCCGGGCAUGGAGGACGGAUCUGAUGAUAUGGACGGGCCGGUGGAGGACAUCGGCAGCCGCUCCUGCGUGACACGGUUCGUCAAAACACUGCUGUCAAUCAUGGAGCACGGAGUGAAGCCGCACAGCAAACAUCUGACCGAAUACUUUGCCUUUCUAUACGAGUUUGCCAAAAUGGGAGAAGAGGAGAGUCAGUUCCUCUUAUCUUUGCAAGCCAUUUCUAUAAUGGUGCAUUUCUACAUAGGCACUAAAGGACCCGAAAAUCCUCAGGUGGAGGUGUUAUCUGAGGAGGAGGAGGGUGAGGAGGAUGAAGAGGAGGACAUCCUCUCACUGGCGGAGGAGAAGUACCGUCCGGCCGCUCUGGAGAAGAUGAUCGCUCUCAUAGCUCUGCUGGUGGAGCAGUCCAGAUCUGAGAGACACUUGACUCUGUCUCAGAGUGACAUGGCCGCGCUGACCGGAGGAAAAGGUUUCCCCUUCCUGUUCCAACACAUCAGAGACAGCAUCAACAUCAGACAGACCUGCAACCUCAUAUUCAGCCUCUGCAGAUACAACAACCGCCUGGCUGAACACAUCGUGUCGAUGCUGUUCACCUCCAUCGCUAAACUGACUCCAGAGGCGGCGAAUCCGUUCUUCAAGCUGCUGACGAUGCUGAUGGAGUUUGCUGCCGGUCCUCCAGGAAUGCCCUCGUUUGCGUCCUACAUCCUGCAGAGGAUCUGGGAGGUGAUCGAGUAUAACCCGUCUCAGUGUUUGGACUGGUUGGCCGUCCAGACGCCGCGUAAUAAGCUGGCUCACAGCUGGGUCCUGCAGAACAUGGAGAACUGGGUGGAGAGGUUUCUGCUGGCGCACAACUACCCACGAGUCCGAACAUCGGCGGCGUAUCUGCUGGUGUCUCUCAUCCCGAGCAACUCGUUUCGUCAGAUGUUCCGCUCCACGCGCUCCCUUCACAUCCCCACGCGGGACCUCCCGCUGAGUCCCGACACCACCGUGGUUCUCCACCAGGUCUACAACCUGCUGCUGGGUCUGCUGGGACGGGCCAAGCUCUACGUGGACGUGCCGGUGCACGGGACCACCAAACUAGUGCAGUACUUCAGCUUCAUGACCUACUGCCUCAUCUCCAAAACUGAGAAGCUCAUGUUCUCCAGCUACUUCAUGGACCUCUGGAACCUCUUCCAGCCUAAGUUAUCAGAACCGGCCAUCGCCACGAAUCACAACAAGCAAGCGCUUCUGUCCUUCUGGUAUAACGUCUGCGUGGACUGCAGUGAGAACGUGCGUCUCAUCAUCCAAAACCCCGUCGUCACUAAAAACAUCGCCUUCAACUACAUCCUGGCCGACCACGACGAUCAGGAGGUGGUGCUGUUCAACCGCGGGAUGCUGCCGGCGUACUACGCCAUCCUGCGCAUGUGCUGCGAGCAGUCGCCCGCCUUCACCCGCCAGCUGGCGUCCCACCAGAACAUACAGUGGGCCUUCAAAAACCUCACGCCCCACGCCAGCCAGUACCCAGGGGCGGUGGAGGAGUUGUUUAACCUGAUGCAGUUGUUUGUGGCUCAGAGGCCUGAUAUGAGAGAGGAAGAGCUGGAGGACGUGAAGCAGUUUAAGAAGACCACCAUCAGCUGUUACCUGCGCUGUCUGGACGGACGCUCCUGCUGGACCACUCUCAUCAGUGCCUUCCGUAUACUGCUGGAGAACGAUGAGGACCGUCUGCUGGUGGUGUUCAACAGAGGACUCAUCCUCAUGACUGAGUCCUUCAACACCCUACACAUGAUGUACCAUGAGGCCACUGCGUGUCACGUGACCGGUGAUCUGGUGGAGCUGCUGUCUAUUUUCCUGUCUGUUUUAAAGGCAACGCGGCCCUACUUACAGCGCAAAGAUGUGAAGCAGGCGUUGAUCCAGUGGCAGGAGAGGAUUGAUUUCGCUCAUAAGCUGCUGACGCUGCUGAACUCUUACAGUCCACCGGAGCUGCGUAACGCCUGUCUGGAUGUGCUGAAGGAGCUGGUGCUCUUGAGUCCUCAUGACUUCCUGCACACGCUCGUGCCCUUCCUGCAGCACAACCACUGCACCUACCACCACAGCAACAUCCCCAUGUCGUUUGGCCCGUACCUGCCCUGUAGAGAGAAUAUCAAGCUGAUGGGCGGAAAGAACAACAUUCGUCCUCCCAGACCAGAGCUCAACAUGUGUCUGCUGCCCUCGAUGGUGGAGACCAGUAAGGGUAAGGAUGAGGUGUAUGACAGGAUGUUGUUGGACUACUUCCUGUCCUAUCAUCAGUUCAUUCACCUGCUCUGUCGAGUCGCCAUCAACUGUGAGAAGUUCACCGAGACUCUGGUGAAACUCAGUGUGUUGAUAGCAUAUGAAGGACUUCCUUUACACCUGGCUCUCUUUCCAAAACUAUGGACAGAACUCACUCAGUCUCAGUGUGCGAUGGCUCAGUCGUGUGUGAAGCUGUUGUGUGACGAUCCAGCGUUUGGAGAAUACAUGAAAUGCAUCCUGAUGGACGAGAGAAACUUCCUCAACAACAACAUCGCCUACUCCUUCCUCACCUGCUUCUUACAUAAAGUUCAGGUGCAGGUGUUAUCUGGCCAGAGCUGCUCGAAUCUCGUCAACGUGUUGGUGACCAACCUACUGAACGAGUACCACAGCCUGCAGCCUGAGCUGACCAAUCAGAGAGCAGAGAUGAGCAAGACCAGCAGCCUCCUGAACGCAGAUCUGCGUGCGCUGCUGCUGGUGCUGUCGGUUUACGCCCCUCAGCAGCUGGACCCUGCUUUAGGCCCCGCUCUACAGGAGCUGCUGUCCAAAUGCAGACUGUGUCUGCAGCACCGCACCACUUUAGAGAGAGAGGCCAAGGAACGCAAAGACAAAGUGGAAGAGGAAGGAGUCACUCCAGUGAAGCGCCGGCGGGUGAGCAGCAGUGCAGACGAUCGGCCGGCUGACAGCAGCGUUUGCCCUCCAUCUACUUCCUCCUCAUUGGCUCCCUGCUCAGAGCAGAAGGCGGAGCCAGGAGAGGCGUUAACGCCCACCAGCACUUCGGACACUGAAACCCGAGACUCCUCCCUCAUCGACCCGGGAGUGGAAAAUGACCCGCCCUCUCCCGACAGCGCUUCCCUCGAGGAGAAGAAAAUGGAUGUUUCUUCAUCAUCAUCCUCAUCUUCAUCAUCAUCCUCCUCCCUUCCCGAAGCGUUUGGCCGAACAGACGAACCUCCACCGCAGAUAGCUGUAAGAGAAGAGGAGGAGGAAGAGGAGGAUGGGAGGAAGGAAGCGCAAGAGCAGGAGGCGGAGCCAGAGCGGGAGGAAGUGCCCUCCACUUCCUCCUCCUCCGCAGACUCGGUGCUUUUACUCUCCAGCCUACCGGAUUCUGCCGAGGGGCGGAGCUGCUCACUCCAGGAGGCGGAGUCAGGAGGGUGUGGCCACGCCCCCGUGCAGGAUGCUCUGGAGAUGCUGUCGCGCACAGUGGAGGCCACUAUCGCUGUGGUUGCCAAACUUUCAGACGGAACGACACGCCCCUCAGCUUUGUGACGUGAAAACGCAUUUCACGUUUUUCCGUUCACCAUGAUGUUCAGUUUUGUCUUUUUACGAGUAAUUGAAGUCCAACUUUUUUUUCCCUCUCUUCCCGCCCUUUGGCCUCACUCUUCAUCUGUUUCAUGUUGCAACACAAGAAGUUCUGUUUCUGGAUCCAGACAACUGAGCUUCGUAUUAAUUGAACAGAACGAAAAACCAACUGAAGCGCCUGUUUGUCCAAAGGGCAGUUUUUUCUUUUUUAAACCGUGAUUUUGUUGGUUUCUUUGUUUUGAAGUGGUUUGUUUUCGAGGCUGCAGUGAAACGGGGAAAAGGUUUACAACGUUUUAGUCCCAUCAGUGCAUAAUUUAAUUUGCGUUUUUAUUCGCGUGUAUUAUUUUUAUUAUAACGAUUGUCUUCUGUGCCAGUUUUGUACUUACACUUGUGAGGCUGAGACGGCCUUGCUAUGUUUUUUUCUCUGUGGUGGAUAUCAAAAACUAUGUUUACUUUGUACAUUGAAAAGAGAGAACGAACCACAAGAACCUUGAUUCUGUUAAGAAUCUUCUAGAUGUUGCCUGGCUUUGUAAAUGAGAUGGUUAAAAAAAAUAUAUAUUUCUGUAAGAUAUAUGUAUACAGUAUAUAUCCAUUCAAGUGCAGUAUACUGUAUAUAUAAAUCUACUGUGUAUAUAUAUAUAUAUAUACCUACGUUGUGUAUAUAGAAACUUACGGUGCUCUUUUCAGGCUCAGAACAUUUGUGGCUGGAAUAUUGCACAUUUGAUGGAACAGUUGGAGCUCUAUUUUAUUUACCGAAAUACAUUCCAUAAUCUAUUGGAUGUCAUUCUUCUCGUUCUCUGUAUUUGAUUUCUCAGUCUUUGUUUUGAUUUAUUUUAAUAUAGGAUAUAACUUAAUAAAAUUUUAAUAUGAUUUAA